AUGUUCCAAAUCAAGGGAGAGAUGCUUCCGGGCUAUUGGCCCAGGAGACCAGAAAGAAACCCUUUAGACCUCAACAACUUACCUGAGGAUUGCACUAGAGAUGGCAAACAGGUCCUUGAGGACACCUCUUCAUCUGUCGGCUACAGGAAAAAGAAAAGCGGCGCUAGGGAUGGAAAAGAUGAGUGUGGGAAGGUCUAUGAGUGUAGGUUUUGUACCCUCAAGUUCUGCAAGUCUCAAGCCCUUGGGGGACACAUGAACCGCCAUCGCCAAGAGAGAGAGACUGAAACAUUAAACCGGGCUCGUCAGCUGGUCUUCAGCAAAGAUAACAUUGUUGCUCAAGGGCCUCAUCAACUAGGUGGACAACCAGUUGGACAUGGAGGAUAUCAUCAAACAGCCAACAUGGGUGAUCCAACACUCCCUUUCAGAUCAGUCUACUCACCAAGAUUGUUUUCUGGUUCUUCAUCCACCAUCUUAUCACCACCGCCGCCGCCGCCACCGCCACCACCGCCUCAUUCAUACAUAUACACAUCCCCUUCGAGGGCCUUCUCCUACCCUCCUCCUCCUCCUCCACAUCCAAUGACUGAUUACUUCCUCGGCCACGCCCUCUCCGGCCACCCUAACCCUAACUUUGUGGGUGCACCCCAGGAUACUAAUUACACUUGCAUUGGUGCUCCAGUGGGACAUACUUUUGCAUCCGGUGGUGGGCGAGGAGGGUCAUCGGAUAUGGGCUUAUCCGGAGGAGGUGGUGGUGGUGGUAGAGACAUGUCACUGCACAUUAAUCAGGAGGAAGGAUUGAAUUGGGGAAGGAGCUACACAGGGACACAGCAACAUUUGGAUCCCACAUCGAUCAAUCGGUUUCAAGAUGGGUUCUAAAAAUAUUUUGAGUUUAGGUGCAAGUUAUAGUCUGCUAUGACAUGGCACUGUCAU